AACUUUCAUUCAAGAGUUAACAUGAAGACGAUCAACAUAUUCUUUCUGGCACUUUGUGUGGGAUGUGCCUUGGCUAACGCCAAAUUCGAUGGAUUUGGAUUUGAUCUGACUCCACGCAUCGUUGGAGGUAAAGACGCCAGCGAAGGGCAGUUUCCAUACCAAGUAUCACUCCGGAGCAUGGUCACCAAGAAACACUUCUGCGGUGCCUCCAUUUUGAGCAGCCGUUUCUUGUUGUCAGCCGCACAUUGCUCACAAGAAAUCAAUGGAAAACCAAAAUAUGUGUUCGCUGUUGUGGGAGCGUUGAAUCGGGUGUCAGGCGGAGAUUCGUACGAACUGGAUACGAUCACACCACAUGAAAAAUGGGAUAAAAAAACAGUCCUGAACGAUAUCUCAUUGUUGCGCACAGCCAAAGAGAUCGUCUUCUCGGACACCAUUCAACCAAUUGCUUUGCCAACUCAAGACACACCAGGAGAAAUUGAAGUCCUUUUGUCUGGAUGGGGUUACAUUUCGUAUUCACCAACCGGGGGGCAAUCGACAUUGCCAACUCUUCUGCAAUUCACUAAACCAAACACUCUUAGCGUCGAUGGAUGCAAACAAGUGUUCAAGGAAAAGAAACAUCCAGCUAACAUCAAUGAAAGUAUUCUUUGCACAAUAAAUGAAAUGGACGUUGGUGCAUGCCAUGGUGAUUCAGGUGGUCCAUUGGUUGACGCAUCCAAUCCAGAAAAUAAAAUCUUGGUCGGAGUCGUCUCGUGGGGAAUUCCCUGCGGCAAAGGAUAUCCAGACGCAUUCACACGUGUCUACUCAUUUCUCGAUUGGAUCGGAGAACAAAUUGCAAAACAAAGCCAAGAUUUGGAAUGAAUCCAGUAUUGAUUUCAAUAGUCAACAUUUUUUAAUGUUGAACAAAUUGUAUCAUUUUAAAAAUGGUUGAUAUGAGUGUGUUAGGCGAUUAAUAAAAUUAUUUUUCAACAAAUCGUCUAGAAAAAUUA